AUAUAAAGAUGGCGGCUGAGGCCGUUACUAAGUUACCGAGCAACGCUAAACAGUUGGUGCAAGAUGGCGAAAACAGACGGGAAAAGCAGGAUAUUCUCCUCAGCAGAGUAAUUAUAAUAUUGUCUUGAUUUCAGCGAGCACAGCCCAGUCAGCCCAGCGCCCGAAGGAGAAGAAACAACCAUCAUUUUUGUGUCGGUGGUGUUGAAGUAACACGGACGGUGCUAGCCGACAUGGAGAAUGAGGAGACGACGUUGGGUUUGCUCAGUUACUAUUGUUAUGAGAAGUUUUACAACCACGUCGCGAACAGUGCAGCUGCUGCUCAAAGGAACUUCAGCAAUGAUCCCAUCUAUUCUUUCUUCCAUGCAUAUGGGACCCUAAUGCAAGAUAAAAUUCAAGAAGCCACAGCAGAGUUGGAGAUGAUAAGAGACGGUCGAGAUGUGUCCCUCUGUACAUUGAUGGCCCUGGUUUAUGCUGAGAAAAAAAAGGCGAACCCAGACCGGGAAGUCAUUCAAGAGCUUGAUGCAAAGGUGAAAGAGGAUCGUAAAAGUGCAUCCCCCAAGAGUCUUUACUAUGCUGGGAUGUUUCUGUGGCUGCUGGGUCGAAAUGAUAAAGCGAGAGAGUACAUAGAGAGAAUGAUCAAACUCUCCAAUGGCUCUAGAGAGGGGAUCAUCCUAAAAGCCUGGAUAGAUCUGACGUCUAGUAAGGACGCGUAUGCCAGAAAGGCUGGAAAAUACUUUGACGAGGGACUGAAAGAGAGAGCAGAUGUUUUUGCCCUGAUGGGAAAGGCACAAUACUAUGAAUAUCGUCAGAAUUACUCUGGGGCAUUGGAGACGGUUAACCAAGUCAUUGUUAGUUUCCCUGGGUUCUUGCCUGCCCUCAUCAAGAAAAUGAAACUGUUACUCAGCCUGCAAGACUGGGAGCAAACCAUAGAUGCAGCACACAGGCUUUUACAGAGGGAUAAAAAUAACCUGGAGGCUCUGAGGAUGCUAGCUCUACAUUCGUUAUGUAGAGAUGGAGAUGUUGCUGAGUCAGUAAAGCAGCUUGCAAACCUCAUCAGCAGCUUGGACAUUUUAGAGCCACACAACUCUGAGCUUUUCUACAGGAUGUCUCUAGCCUUCACCCGUGUUUGUGGACGGAAUGAGAAGGUGAUUGAGCAGACCCACAGAAUGGUGGAAAGAGCCUUUUCUCUGGCAUCAGCAGACUCGGAUCUGGCCACAGAGCUUGGCUACCAGAUGGUGCUUCAGGGCAAAACCAAGGAGGCCAUGAAGUGGUACAAGACUGCUAUGACUUUGGAUGAGACGAGUGUUUCUGCUUUGACAGGUAUUAUUCGUUGCCAGCUGAUAGAGGGCCACUUGGAGGAUGCAGAACAGCAGCUGGAAUUCCUCACUGAGAUCCAACAAUCUAUUGGAAAAUCAGCGGAUCUUCUAUACCUGCGUGCUGUGCUAGCAGUGAAAAAGCGCCGGCCCCAAGAAGAGGUGACCAACCUGCUCAAUGAUGCAGUGGACACACAUUUCUCUACGCUGCAGGGUCUACCUCUGGGAGUAGAGUAUUUUGAGAAAUUCAAUCCUGACUUCCUGCUGGAAAUCGUCAGAGAGUACCUAGUACUGUGUCCUGCGAAGCCUCCAGCCCUGGGCCAGCCUCCUGCUCCACAGCUCCAGCACUGUGCCUCUGUGUUGGAUACUGUGGUCAAAAUUGUGCCCGGUCUCCUUCCAGGGGUCUUUCUGUCAGCCAAAGUCAGAUUCCAGUCUGGUGAUAUUGAAGCCGCUCAGAGCAGUCUACAUCAUUGCUUGGAACAGUGUCCUUCUCAUGCAGAUGCUCAUCUGCUGAUGGCACAGAUCCACUUGCUGCAGGGGAAUUUUAAAAUGUGUUCCCAGUCUCUUGAACUCUGUCUCAGCCAUAACUUUGAGAUUCGAGAACACCCCAUGUACCACCUGAUCAAGGCUCAGGCCCAAAAGAAGAUGGGUGAGUUGCCCGGAGCCAUCCAGACCUUGCAGAUGGCCAUGAACCUUCCAGGGGUCCACAGGGUGGGAUCCUCAUCCAAGUCUAAGAACAAAAAGACUGAGCUGAGCCCUGCUGACUGCGUCUCUGUCUAUUUGGAAUUAGCCGAGGCCCUCUGGCUCAAUGGCGAACAGCAUGAAGCUGCCAAAGUGAUGCAGGAUGCCAUCAACGAGUUCUCGGGCACCCCCGAGGAGCUUCGUGUCACCAUUGCCAAUGCUGACCUGGCCCUGCUGCGUGGCGACACAGAGCUUGCACUGAGCAUGCUCAGAAACAUCACCCCUGAGCAGCCCUACUAUGUCCAAGCAAAGGAGAAAAUGGCAGACAUAUAUCUCAACCACAGGAAGGAGAAACGUCUGUAUGCUAGCUGUUACAGAGAAAUGGUGGAGAAGUUGCCCAGCCCUCACACAUAUCUCUUACUAGGUGAUGCUUACAUGAACAUUCAAGAACCAGAGAAAGCCAUUGAGGUCUAUGAGCUGGCUCUGAAGAAAAACCCCAAAGACGGCGCUUUAGCCAGCAAGAUUGGGAAAGCCCUCGUCAAGACUCAUAACUACAGCAAGGCAAUAAAUUACUAUGAAGCUGCUCUGAAGACCGAGCAGCAGAACUUCCUGCGCUAUGACCUGGCUGAGCUGCUGAUGAAGAUGAAGCAGUAUGAGCGGUGUGAGAAAGUUCUGCAUGAAGCUCUGGCCCAUGACCCAGUGAAUGAAUUGCCAGCGCUCACAGAUGACUGUCGUUAUCUGGUUCUGUUAGCAAAGGUCCAGAAUAAGGUUGACAAAAAUGAAGAAGCUUUGCUUUCAUUACAAAAAGCUCGGGAUGUGCAGGCCAAGGUACUGAAACGGGUGCAGUUGGAGCAGCCUGACGCCGUCCCCAUGCAGAAGCAGCUUGCUGCUGAGAUCUGUGCUGAGAUCGCUAAAUACUACACAAGUCAGAAGGGCUAUGAGAGAGCAGUCAAAUUCUACAAAGAAGCUCUUGUGUAUUGUGAGAGUGAUCGCAAGGUGAUGUUGGAAUUGGCACGGGUGUACCUUACCCUAGAUGAGGUGGAUGCCUGCCAGGAGCAAUGCAGCGUCAUUUUGAAGAAUGACCAGUUUAAUGAAGAAGCAACACUGAUGAUGGCUGACCUCAUGUUCAGGAAGCAGGACUAUGAACAGGCUGUUUUCCACUUUCAGCAACUUCUGGAGCGGAAACCAGACAACUACUCAACACUGACACAUCUUAUUGACCUGUUGAGGAGAGCUGGGAAGCUGGAAGAAGUUCCCAGAUUUCUUGAUAUGGCAGAAAAACAUUUUUCCAGGGCUAAGUUUGACCCUGGCUUUAACUACUGCAAAGGACUUUAUCUUUGGUACACGGGAGAACCUAAUGAUGGUCUGCGGCAUUUUAACAAGGCACGGAAAGACAAUGUUUGGGGUCAGAACGCUGUGUACAACAUGAUUGAAAUCUGCCUCAACCCUGAUAAUGACACUAUUGGAGGAGAAGUAUUUGAGAAUUUAGAUGGUGACAUCGGCAACUCCACAGAGAAGCAGGAGUCAGAGCAGCUUGCUGUGAGAACAGCAGAGAAGCUGCUGAAGGAGUUAAAGCCCCAGACAGCCAGCGGACACUUACAGCUUCGCAUCUUGGAGAACUACUGCUUCCUGGCUACUAAACAGAAGGCCAAUGUGGAGAAAGCCCUCAAUGUUUUCACAGAGAUUGCAAACAGUGAGAAGGACCACGUGCCUGCGCUCUUGGCCAUGGCGACAGCUUACAUGAUUCUAAAACAAACUCCUCGAGCCAGGAACCAGCUCAAACGCAUAGCCAAGAUGAACUGGACCUUUGCUGACGCUGAUGAGUUUGAGAAGAGCUGGCUGCUCCUGGCAGACAUCUACAUCCAUUCAGGGAAGUACGACAUGGCUGGGGACCUCCUGAAGAGAUGCCUCCGUCAUAACAAGUCAUGCUGUAAAGCUUAUGAAUAUUUGGGCUACAUAAUGGAAAAAGAGCAGGCAUUCCGUGACGCUGCACUCAACUAUGAACUGGCUUGGAAAUAUGGAAAUCAGACUAAUCCUACCAUCGGAUACAAGCUUGCUUUCAACUACUUAAAGGCCAAAAGGCAUGUUGAUGCCAUAGAUGUGUGUCAUAAGGUUUUGGAUGCUCAUCCAAGUUAUCCAAGAAUGAGAAAGGACAUUUUGGACAAGGCACGUGCUGCCCUAAGAUCUUAGAUUUGGAGAUGCGUGUGUGUGUGUGUGUACGAGAGAGAGAGAGAGAGAGAGAGAAAGAAAGAGACAGACAGGGUAAACAUUUUUAUUGACCAAUCAAAUAAAUGUAACAUCUGUUUCUGCAAUAAAAUUUAUGAAC